AUGAUUAACUGGUUUCAUCAUUCUCGUUCGUCGUUUCCUAGGCAAGAAUUUUCAUCCUCCAAAAAGGCAAAUAGCGUUGGCUUUAUUGGAUUAGGACAGAUGGGAUUCAAAAUGGCGCAAAACUUGUAUAACAAAGCCGAUUCUUCGUUGAUUAUCUACGAUAUUAACAAAUCAGCUACUCAAGAUUUCAUCUCGAUGAAUAAAACGUCUGCCACGGAUGCAACACUAAAAUCAAUUGACAUAGCAGAAUCGCCUGUCGACAUAGUGCGUAGGGCAUCGGUCGUCAUUACCAUGCUUCCAUCUUCAGCGCAUGUGGAGGAAGUCUAUUUGGGAAAGGAUGGUCUCGUGCACGGUGCGGAUAAAGAGAGUCUGCUGAUUGAUUCGAGUACAAUUCAUCAGAGCGUAUCCAAGGAAGUAGCUCACAAGUUAACGGGAAAAGGCGCCACUAUGGUCGAUGCACCCGUGUCUGGAGGCACUGUUGGAGCGGAAGCAGCCACAUUGACGUUUAUGGUUGGAGCCUCAUCUGAAUCGGAUUUCCAUCGCGCCAAGCCAAUAUUGUCUCAUAUGGGCAAGAAUAUAGUCCAUUGUGGUACCGUUGGGACAGGCCAAAUAGCAAAGAUGUGCAACAACAUGCUUCUUGCUAUUUCGAUGAUAGGUGUAUCUGAAGCCAUGAACCUCGGUAUUCAACUCGGAAUGGAUCCUAAAUUAUUAGCGUCGAUAUUAAACACAUCGUCCGGUAGAUGUUGGUCUAGUGACACUUACAAUCCCUGUCCAGGUGUCAUGCCUAAUGUUCCGUCUAGUCGUGAUUAUGAAGGUGGAUUCGGCAAUACUCUAAUGGCGAAAGACUUGCGAUUAGCUGUGAGUGCUGCCAGCGAUGCUCGUGUGACUAUAUUAUUGGGUGCUGUUGCACAGCAAUUAUACAAUCAACUUGCUAAUACAGCAGAAUAUGCUAAGAAGGAUUUCAGUUCUAUAUAUAAAUGGUUAAUUAAAAGUGGAGGGAAAUAA